AUGACGCCUUCCCGAGACCGCGGUCCUUCUCGCGUUUCUCUCGCUGCGGGUCUCGUUGCGAGCGUGGCUUGCUGGGCGGGGCCGCCGGUGACGCGCCCGCGCGCCGCAAGGCAUUGUGGGGAACUUGGGCCGCGAGUGCGGUGGUUGGAGGCGAGUUCCCCCCGGCGAGCGGCGGGGCGGAGAAACGGCGGCGGAGGCGGCGGCGGCGGUGGCACCGAGGUGAUCCAGGUGACUAAUGUCUCCCCGAGCGCUAGCUCCGAGCAGAUGCGGACCCUCUUCGGUUUCCUAGGCAAGAUCGACGAACUGCGCCUCUUCCCGCCUGAUGAUUCGCCUUUGCCAGUCUCAUCCCGUGUCUGCUUUGUUAAGUUUCAUGAUCCGGACUCGGCAGUUGUGGCACAGCAUCUGACAAACACUGUAUUCGUUGACAGAGCUUUGAUAGUCGUACCAUAUGCAGAAGGAGUUAUUCCUGAUGAGACUAAGGCUUUGUCUCUGUUGGCACCAGCUAACGCAGUGGCAGGUCUUCUGCCUGGUGGUGGACUCCUUCCUACACCUAACCCACUUACCCAGAUUGGCGCCGUUCCAUUGGCUGCUUUGGGAGCUCCUACUCUUGAUCCUGCCCUUGCUGCACUUGGGCUUCCUGGAGCAAACUUGAACUCUCAGUCUCUUGCUGCGGAUCAGUUGCUGAAACUUAUGAGUACUGUUGAUCCCAAGUUGAAUCAUGUAGCUGCUGGUCUUGUUUCACCAAGUCUGAAAUCAGAUACCUCUAGUAAAGAGAUAGAGGAAGCCAUGAAAAGAGUACGAGAAGCACAGUCCCUCAUUUCUGCUGCUAUAGAACCAGGUGAAGUAGAUUUGUGCAGUGACAUUGUUCACAGACGUUUAUUUCUCACUGUUCUGGAGCCUAGGAAGUCCAAGAUCAGUGUGCCAGCAAAUUUACUGUGUGGUGAAGACCUGCCUCCUCAUUUGCGGUCAAGAAGCAGAUCAAGAAGGCGAUCACAUUCUAAGUCAAGGAGUAGGCGACGAUCUAAAAGUCCAAGACGGAGAAGAUCUCAUUCCAGAGAGAGAGGGAGAAGGUCAAGGAGCACAUCAAAAAACAGAGACAAAAAGAAAGAAGACAAAGAAAAGAAACGUUCCAAAACACCACCAAAAAGUUACAGCACAGCCAGACGUUCCAGAAGUGCAAGCAGAGAGAGGAGACGACGGCGAAGCAGAAGCGGCACAAGGUCUCCUAAGAAGCCCAGGUCUCCCAAGAGAAAGCUGUCUCGCUCACCAUCCCCUAGGAGACAUAAAAAGGAGAAGAAGAAAGAUAAAGACAAAGAAAGAAGCAGGGAUGAAAGAGAACGAUCCACAAGCAAGAAGAAGAAAAGCAAAGAUAAGGAAAAGGAACGGGAAAGAAAAUCAGAAAGUGAUAAAGAUGUGAAAGUUACACGGGAUUACGAUGAAGAGGAGCAGGGGUAUGACAGCGAGAAGGAGAAAAAAGAGGAAAAGAAACCAACAGAACCAGGUUCCCCUAAAACAAAAGAAUGUUCUGUGGAAAAGGGAGCGGGUGAUUCACUAAGAGAAUCCAAAGUGAAUGGGGAUGAUCAUCAUGAAGAAGAUAUGGAUAUGAGUGACUGAGUAUCAGCUCUGUGGGAAUCCAACUGUAUACAUGCAUCAGUGUCAUUCCUUUGUGUGAUUUCUUAAUGCUGUAUUUGUUCAUCUCAAACCUUAGAUGUACACAGCUCUGAGUUAUAAAUGGUUACAAAGCUCCUGGUGUUGAUACUAGUUUUUACAUCCAAAGCUUUUAGAAAAUGAUACGUGGGUGACCAGUUCUUGACAGGGUGAAAUCUGAUUGAGUAGCCAAGCAGUCUUCCUGUGCUGGUGCUGCUUCGUGACAAGGAUGAGAGGCUGCAUGCAUCUACAGCAGGCAUGGGUUGUUUAUGUUGUAUGAUCUCCUUUAUUAAGUAAGUUCACUUAUAGUCUAUUUCUAGAAUUUGAUUCAUUGCCGUAAUAGGGCCAUGUAGGGAAUGCACUGAUUGCAUGUUAAUUGUGGCAGGAAUAUCCUAAAUGUCAUUAAAGUCCUCCAACAUGAUGGAUCUAUUUAUGGUCUUGUUUGUUGACUUGACAAAUUAACAUUCUUAUAGUUACAUCUGGAAAUGAGCAUUUGAAAUAGAUAAUCCUUUAAGCCUUGUGGCUAAAUUUUUGUGGCUUUUGUUUAACUUUGAAAGGUUAUAUAUGCACUAACCUUUUUUGAUGGCUAUAAUUAGGCUUUAAUUACAGAAACAAGAUUUCAAAUGAAACUGUCUUUGGCAGUAAGUUAAAUAGCAUAUUUUGAAGCAGAGUUGUAUACUUUUUCAUAAGGUGUUUGGGAAUUUUUUUUUCCUGAAAUAAUUUAUUCCACAGCUACAUCAGUGAAAGCUAUCUGCCUAUCCUGAAGUCCAUCUGUAAAAGAAAGUUAUUUCUUGUCCUGAUUUUCAAUUUUCCACCCUUUUAUUAAUUUGUUUUAAUCUCAGUGUUGGAAAAAGGGGAUAGUGCAUUUUAAAUUGACCUUCAUAUGCUUUUAAAAUAAGACAAAUCUACUUGAUAAUGUACUUUUUAUUUGAUCUCAAGUUGUAUAAAGCCAAUAAAUUUUGUGUUACUGUUACUGCAGUAGUAAUCUUAUGCACACAGUGAUUCCAUGUUAAAUGCGAAGUAGUUAGGCAACUGUUUUCUUACAGGAGUUUCCAAGCUUCACUUUUGUGCAGUAAAAACAAAAGUAGGCUACAGUCUGUGCCAUGUUGAUGUACAGUUUCUGAAAUUGUUUUACAAGACUUUGAUAAUAAAACCCUUAAACUUAUGUUAUGUUCCUGUAAAACCGUAUUUGUAUUUAUUUACGCUGUUGAAUGUAUAUGACAUUUACCUCAUUCAUUUUACAAAUCAAGUUCUUUCCCCUUUGAACUCACAUUUUAAUAUAGUAAUAAGAUGAAAUCCAUCACUGUAGUGAUUAGUUGCCAUCAGAAUUGUCAAAAUUGGUUUAAGGUCUAUCUAAAACAGUCUUUUUCUAAGUGUAAUUUUAUUAUAUUUUGGGUGUAGGACUUGGGUUGAGUAAAGCAGUGAACUUUAGGAUGAACAAAUGAUCUCACCUGUAUCUAGUAAAUUUAUAUUUUUGGUGAAUAUGAACAUACUUUUCUGAAAUAGUAUAGAAACUCAAUGAUCUGUAUCUAUUGUACAGGACUAAAUAGUGUAUAUUUAUUCGUUUAUGAAAUGAGUAGUGUCUGGUGGCUGGGAUUAAGGGGAAAAUGAGACUUGGAAUUGUAGCUUUUAUCCAAGUUGGAGUAUAAAUUUUUUUUUUUUACUUUUAAAAUUGAAAUGCCAUAUAGACAAGCUGCAUUGUUUUUACAGUUUGUAGUAACUUUUUAAAGAUUUUAUGAAAAGGAAUUUUGUCUAUAGUGAGUAAGAAGUUGUAGUAAUGGUCCUAAUCACUGCAUUUUUAAACACAAGGUUGAAUGCAAAUGACAUUUCUUUAAAGUUACAAAAAAAUUUUAGAAAAAAAUUUAAAGGUUGAACCAUAUGACGUCACUUUUGUAAGUCAAAAACAAAAUAUUGGCAGUUUCACUUGGUUAAACCUAGUAUUAGUCAAUUCUAUUCCCUUACUUGUAAUCUCUGAAUAAAAGUAUGCUAACUUGGCAAAAGGGAUUAAGAAUUUUUUGGCUUUAAAACAGUGCCACUUACAAGAUACUACAGUGAAGGGAGUCCAUACUUAGUUUAUUUUCAAUGAAUAUUUAUGCACAAAGGUAGGGCUGCGGUAGGACACGAGCCUUUAACACAGAAAACCAGUCAAAAUCAAGUGAACACUGCCUCCACACUGAGUUUUGUUCUGUAUUUGUUAGUAUAAAUGAUUAAAAAAUAAAAGUGGUUUUGUUAGAAAAA